AUGUUUUACGUAUUGACUCAACUACACAAAGAAUUUGUUGCACUCCGUUUAGUAUCGUGGAAUUAUUUGGAAGCAGGUCAUGGAAAAGGCGCACCUGAUGGCCUUGGAGCUGUAUUGAAAAGAAAAUCUGAUAGAAUAGUAAAACAAGGAGAGGAUAUUGGCACAUUUCAGAAAUUUGUUAAAGUUUUUCAGACCAACGAACCACAUAUCACUAUUGAAAUUGUGAGCAAUGAUGAGAUAGUACCUAACUAA